AUGGCUGCCUCUCUGCUCCGUACCUCCGCCCGCUCGGCCUUCCGUGCUUCGGCUACUCCCAAGGCCGGCGUUGCGAGCUUGACUUUCGCCCGCGGCAAGGCUACUCUGCCUGAUCUUGCCUAUGACUAUGGCGCGCUGGAGCCCUCCAUCUCGGGCAAGAUCAUGGAGCUGCACCACAAGAACCACCACCAGACCUACGUGAACAGCUACAACACCGCCAUUGAGCAGCUCCAGGAGGCCCAGGCCAAGAACGACAUCUCGGCACAGAUCGCCCUCAAGCCUCUGAUCAACUUCCACGGCGGUGGUCACCUGAACCACACCCUUUUCUGGGAGAACCUCGCUCCCAAGAACGCCGGUGGUGGUGAGCCCCCGAGCGGUGCUCUCGCCAAGGCCAUCGACGACAGCUUCGGCAGUCUGGAGGAGUUCCAGAACAAGAUGAACACCGCGCUGGCUGGUAUUCAGGGCAGCGGCUGGGCCUGGCUCGUCAAGGACAAGCAGACCGGCAACAUUGGCAUCAAGACUUAUGCCAACCAGGACCCUGUGGUGGGCCAGUUCCAGCCCCUCCUGGGUAUUGACGCUUGGGAGCACGCUUACUACCUCCAGUACCAGAACCGCAAGGCCGAGUACUUCAAGGCCAUCUGGGAGGUGAUCAACUGGAAGGCGGUGGAGAAGCGCUUCACCUAA